UUAAUAUCUUAGACAUAUACUUAAGACGGUCUUAAAAUAACAACGGAUCGCGAAUAUCGUACCUAUGCACUAAGAAGAUUUUCCCUCGGAAAUCGCACGUGAGGGAAGCGUGAUUUCCAUACGCGCGACGAGAACUGUCGCGGCCACGAGCUCGGAAACGAGUCACCACCGAUCAAUAAGUGAAGGUGGACUGUUGUGUACGUCGGUCUAUGCGGCGCUACGUAGCGCUCCGCUAGUUCAGCGGGGCUCAUUCGCGAGGCGUUCGCGCGUGGAUCAUGCCCCGGUAAUUUCCCCGCUGUCCCGAAACACCGUGUGCGUCCGCGGCUCCUCGUCCGUCGGAAAUUAACGGCAAUGGCAUCGCUGGAGGACAGCUGGAAGGAAGUUACGGAGGGCCUGGACGCCGCGGUCUGCGACUCCUGGUUCACGCGCCUGCAGGAAGUCUACUCGGAGGAAAAACGCACGUACCACAAUCUGGACUCGCUCAGGGAGAAGUUGAAUCACUACUACGAAAUCAAAAGCAAUCUCAAAAACCCGCGAGCUGUUCUACUCGCCAUAUUCUUUCAAAACUUCGAGUAUGAUCCUAAAGCUUUGGUUUUUAGCGAAGAUAAAAAUCUCGAGCACUUCAAUGCUUUUGCUGAUGAGGCCGAAGUUCCGUCGGACGCGGAGGUCAGGGAAGAGACUUGUGCUCUGCUCAAAGUAGCGGCGACUCACAGCACCGAGGCACAUAAGGUAGGCGGUGCCUUCGGCAGCGAAGAUGCACACUACUUCCUGGACCUGGAUAUGGCAGUACUCGGCUCCUCUCCAGAAAGUUACGCCGAGUACAGAGAGCGAAUACGCGGGGAAUAUUCUUUCCUCAGCGAGCCCAUGUACACGGCGCUACGGCUAAAGGUGUUGCAGAACUUCCUGCAAAUCCCGAACAUCUUCGCCACCGUGGAGUUUCGUGACAAGCUGGAGGAGCAGGCACGCCAGAACAUUCAAGCGGAAGUGGAGAUGCUGUCUUAGAGCUUCAUCGCUUUGC